AUGGAGUCUAGAGGUGUGGCACAGGACAGGGAGCUAGGGUUUGCUACUGCCAUUGUGGGCAUCGUUCUUGAUGGUCAAACACUGAUAGUCACCUUGCAUGAUGAAGAUGGAAGUCAGGAUGAGCCGUUGGAAUCAAAGACUUCCUUAUCUUCAGAAGAACAAGUGAAGGACCACUCCACUGGAACCCCAGUGGUAGCUGGUCAGAUUUUCCUUGAGUCAGAAGAAUCUGACUCUCAUACUGAAGAUGAAGAGAGCAUUAAGAAUCAAGAGGAGGAGAAAGAAAGCACCUUGGAAGAGUUAAAAUCUUUAGAAAUGUCAAACCUAUUAAACAAGGACCUGGAAGACAUAGAAGUGCAGAAACCAGUUUUGACAGCCAUUGGAGGCACUGCUGAUGGUGAGCCCUGCCACUUCCCCUUCCUGUUCCUAGAGAAGGAGUAUGCAGAAUGUACUGCAGAUGGAAGAGAAGAUGGCAGGCUUUGGUGUGCAACAACCUAUGACUACAAGAGAGAUCAAAAAUGGGGCUUCUGUGAAACGGAGGAGCAGUCUAAUAAGAGAAGACAAAUGCAGGAAGCAGAAGAUGUUUACCAGACUGGGAUGAAAAUUCUUAAUGAGAGCAGUAAAAAGGCACAGAAGAAAGAAGCAUAUCAAUAUCUUCUGAAAGCAGCUGACAUGAACCAUACCAAGGCUAUGGAGAAAGUGUCUUAUGCAUUACUGUUUGGGGAUUACCUGAAGCAAAACAUCCAGUCAGCUAAAGAACUAUUUGAGAAGCUGACAGAGGAGGGGUCUCCUAAAGGACAAAUGGCUCUUGGAUUUCUUUAUGCAUCUGGUCUAGGUGUCAAUUCCAGUCAAGCUAAGGCCCUUGUUUACUACACUUUUGGAGCGCUCGGAGGAAAUCUGAUAGCGCACAUGAUUUUAGGUUACCGAUACUGGGCUGGGAUAGGAGUCCUUCAGAGCUGUGAAUCUGCUCUCACUCACUAUCGACUUGUAGCUAAUCAUGUUGCUAGUGAUAUAUCUCUGACUGGAGGCACGGUGGUGCAGAGAAUUCGUCUAGCAGACGAAGUAGAAAAUCCAGGAAUGGCCAGUGGGAUGCUGGAGGAAGAUUUGAUUCAAUAUUACCAGUUUCUAGCAGAGAAAGGAGAUGUACAAGCACAGGUUGGCCUUGGGCAGUUACACUUACAUGGAGGAAGAGGAGUAGAGCAAAAUCACCAGAGAGCAUUUGAAUACUUCAAUCAAGCAGCUAAUGCUGGUAAUUCUCACGCUAUGGCCUUCCUAGGAAAGAUGUAUUCAGAAGGAAGUGAUGUUGUACCUCAGAGCAAUGAGACUGCUCUUCAGUAUUUCAAGAAAGCUGCAGAUAUGGGUAAUCCAGUUGGGCAGAGUGGACUAGGAAUGGCUUAUCUAUAUGGAAGAGGAGUUCCAGUGAACUAUGAACUGGCACUGAAAUAUUUCCAGAAAGCUGCAGAACAGGGAUGGGUGGACGGACAGCUGCAGCUGGGCUCCAUGUAUUACAAUGGGAUUGGAGUCAAGAGAGACUAUAAACAGGCUUUGAAAUACUUUAACUUGGCUUCCCAAGGUGGUCACAUUCUGGCUUUCUAUAAUUUAGCACAAAUGCAUGCUACCGGCACUGGAGUGAUGCGAUCCUGUCAUACUGCUGUUGAAUUAUUUAAGAAUGUAUGUGAACGAGGGCGUUGGUCUGAGCGGCUCAUGACUGCCUACAAUAGCUAUAAAGAUGGUGAUUCAAAUUCUGCUGUGGUUCAGUAUCUCCUAUUGGCAGAACAAGGCUACGAAGUGGCACAAAGCAACGCUGCCUUCAUACUUGAUCAGAAAGAGGCCAGCAUAGUUGGAGAGAAUGAAACUUACCCUCGAGCCUUGCUUCAUUGGAAUAGAGCAGCCUCCCAAGGUUACACUGUUGCAAGAAUUAAACUUGGCGAUUACCACUUCUAUGGCUUUGGUACAGAUGUUGAUUAUGAAACUGCAUUCAUUCACUACCGACUGGCAUCAGAGCAACAACAUAGUGCCCAAGCCAUGUUUAACCUGGGGUACAUGCAUGAAAAAGGACUGGGUAUUAAACAGGAUAUACACCUUGCAAAACGCUUCUAUGACAUGGCAGCUGAAGCAAGCCCAGAUGCACAAGUUCCUGUCUUCCUAGCACUCUGCAAGCUUGGGGUUAUUUAUUCCUUGCAGUAUAUACGAGAAAUUAAUAUCAGAGAGAUAUUUUCACAUGUUGACAUGGAUCAGCUGCUGGGACCAGAAUGGGACCUUUAUCUUAUGACUAUCAUCGCUUUGCUUCUGGGAACAGUUAUAGCUUACAGACAGAGGCAACAUCAAGCAAUCCCAAGGCCAGCAGGGCUGCGACAAGCUGUGCCUCAACAAGAACCUCCACCAGAACACCAGCCCCCACAAUAGCAACAGGAGCCUCAAUGAAAAGAACUGGAUUCUCCAGCAAACUGUUUUCAUUGUGAUUUAGACAUCAGCUCAAUGGUCCCUUCCCCCAGAGUGGUGUGAAGAAGCAUAAAAAUCUGAAAGCUGCUUAAGAUGAUGCCUUUUUUCAGGGAUAAGAAACUUUUUUUUUCCAAGACUGAUUUGAAUGUUGUUUCAGUGCCAGUGGAAUAACACAAUGGCUUUUUUGUGAAACACAGUUGUGCAACUACAGAAGUGAUGCCUGCUGUAUCCAGUUUCUCUUUAUUUAAAGUCCUUUUUCAAUAUCUUCUAAAGUAUGCUGAAGACCUGGUCUGGGAGGAUUGUGCAUGUUUUCCAAUAGGAGCUGGCCUGUGUAGAAAGAAAAAUAUUAACCCAAACUUAAGUUUGAAACAGGUGAACUCUCUUGCCCUUUUAAGUAAAAAAAAAUAAAAAUAAAAAUAAAAAAGGGGAGAGAGAGAAAAAAGUAGCUCUAGAGCUACAAUGAUAAUUUAUUUUCCUGAUCUGCAUCCCAAGUAUUUUACAGCCUGUGUUUUCAUCAUUUCUUAGUAGUAGUUUUCACACUUCAUAAUCUCUUAAUCAAUUUUGGAUGGUUUAACCUGGAUUCUGCAUUCAGAAGAAACAGAUAAAAGCAGAAAACAGAUCUACAAAUGUUGGGUGAACUUACCUCUGACUUUCCUUAGAGCCUACAUUUUUCCUAAUGGUCAGUAUAUAGCACAGAGGGUGGAUAGGGUAGAUUGCAGAUGUAAAAUAAAAGUGUGACUUAACAUUCUAUGCAAGAUCCAAAAUUCAGACUUUUUUUUAGAAAGUUUGCAUAUUUUCUUAGAACCUGUGGGUGAUGUGACAUUUCUGGACAUGAGCAAAGGACACCUUUUUAAUUUUGCCAAUAGUCAGCAGAGGGGCUAACUUAUAGAAUGCAGCAAGAAACAGUAUUAGAGAGGACACCGAAGGAGGGACAAAGCCAUAAGUCUUCUCACUGAGUUAUAUAGCUAGAUUAUAGUUUAUCCAGUUUUUCUUUAAGUAAAGGGUGGGGCUGUUGCUUUUAUCUUGUUUCCCAGUGUCAGUGUUCCCAAAAGCAAACAAAAGAAAUGACCUGUAUCGUACAAGUCAUGAAUUAAAUCUACAUAUGUCACUACACAUUGGACGGGCAGAUUCUUUGGUGUAUCUGUCUACUUGUACAGCUGGGCAAGGAAUCAAACUGCAGCUCAUACUACUGGAGCUGGAUUUAUGCCAGUGCUGCAGCUGCUUAGUCAGGGUAGUGUACAAGAAUCACAGUGCUCUGGCAGCCCUGCCCUAACCUGCAGUGAUGUCACCAGAUGUCCAUAAUGACAUUAUAGUUAUGCUACCAUAAGCACUCUCUCUCAAUGAGACAAUCCAGGGGGUGGGAAUGGGAGGUGUCAUGGUUUAUUUCUCCUUGAUGUUACAAGAGCAGAGAGUGCAAAGUGACCAUGUGGGGAGAGUGAAUCCAAUCUCUGGACUCUUGUUUUUACUUUACAAGAUAAUUCUUGAUGGAAAUUAAAUACACAGAGUAAAUGCAGGAGUAUAGUUUUUGUCUCAAUGGCAAAUCAACGUAUUUUCUAUUGUACCACUACACCCUGAAUAUACACAAUGUUUGCAACAGAAUGAAAUCUGAAGUGGAAGUCUGACACUUCCUGUAGAUCACACAUUAUUUGGGUGUUAACUGCAUCCUUUAUACAAAGGUGUAGGUUGUUGUUCAUCAGCCUCCUGGAUACGAAAAAAAUCAUGGACUAAAUAUAGACAUUGGAUUUAUGACACAUUAUAACCUGCCUGACAUCUGACUCCCCAGGUAUCUCUCCACUUUCAUCCCCCUUCUUUCUC